AGCGGAGUCCUCAGUGCGGGGCGGGCCCCGCGGCAGCGGCUCCGGUUCUGGUUCCGGUGCCUUGGGCGUUCCCUGGCACACCGCAUGCAGUCCCGGUUCCGGCUGCCCAACCUCCUCUGCAGCCUGCAGCCCGGACUCGCCAUGAGCAGCCUCACCGGCACCUUCAGCACCCAGCAGCCCCUCAACUACCGCGGGGCUGCCCGCGUCCUGCCCGCCGAUGGCUGCGGACCCGCCGAGGACGUGUACGAACCGGCCACAGGCCGUGUGAUAAGCAAGGUGCAGAGCUCUGGGGAGCAGGAGGUGGAUCUGGCAGUGCAGAGUGCCAAGGCUGCUUUCCACACCUGGAGCCAGCUGUCGGGCAUGGAGAGGAGCAGGGUGCUGCUGGAGGCUGCCAGGAUCAUCCGGGAGCAGAGAGAUGAAAUUGCCACCCUGGAAACCAUCAACAAUGGGAAAUCCAUCUUUGAGGCCAGAGUGGACAUCGAGAUAUCCUGGCAGUGCCUGGAGUACUACGCAGGGCUGGCAGGGGCUCUGGCUGGUGAAUACAUCCAGCUGCCUGGAGGAUCCUUUGGGUACACCCGGAGAGAGCCCUUCGGGGUGUGUGUUGGGAUUGGAGCCUGGAAUUACCCUUUCCAGACUGCCUGCUGGAAAGCUGCCCCAGCCUUAGCUUGUGGCAAUGCCAUGGUCUUCAAGCCCUCUCCCUUCACCCCCAUCUCGGUGGUGAGGUUGGCAGAGAUCUUCACAGAGGCUGGUGUGCCCCCAGGGCUCUUCAACGUGGUGCAGGGGGGGGCAGCCACAGGCCAGUUGCUCUGCCAUCACCCUGACGUGGCCAAAAUCUCCUUCACUGGCAGUGUGCCGACUGGCAUCAAGAUCAUGGAGAUGGCAUCCAAAGGGAUCAAACCAGUCACCCUGGAGCUGGGGGGCAAGUCACCCCUUAUCAUCUUUUCUGACUGUGACUUUGACAAUGCUGUGAAAGGAGCCCUCAUGGCAAACUUCCUGACACAGGGAGAGGUGUGCUGCAAUGGCACCCGUGUGUUUGUGGAGAGGCAGAUCCUGGAUGCCUUCACAAAGGAGGUGGUGAAACGCACCCAGAAAAUCAAAAUUGGGGACCCACUUCUGGAAGACACCAGGAUGGGAGCCCUCAUCAACCGACCCCAUCUGGAUCGUGUCCAGGCCUUCAUCAAGCAGGCAAAGGAGCAGGGUGCAAAGGUGCUGUGUGGGGGGGAUCUCUACGUGCCAGAUGACCCCAAGCUGAAGAAUGGCUUCUACAUGCAGCCCUGUGUGCUAGGGGACUGCAGGGAUGACAUGACCUGUGUGAAGGAGGAGAUCUUUGGGCCUGUCAUGUCUAUCCUGCCAUUUGACACGGAGGACGAGGUGGUGGAGAGAGCCAACAACACCAAAUUUGGGCUGGCAGGUGGUGUCUUCACCAGGGAUAUCCAGAAGGCUCACAGGGUGGUGGCUGCUCUGAAGGCUGGGAUGUGCUUCAUUAACAACUACAACGUCAGCCCCGUGGAGCUGCCUUUUGGAGGGUUCAAGGCAUCAGGGUUUGGCAGAGAGAAUGGGAGGGCAGCCCUGGAGUGCUACUCCCAGCUGAAGACUGUCUGUGUGGAGAUGGGUGAUGUGGAGUCUGUCUUUUAGUGGCUCUGGGACCUGCUCCAGGGAGCCAGAGGUGUGGAUCAUGCACACAGCAAUAAAGUGGCCUAAAAUUGUAAGUGCCUGGGGAGGGGAGUGUAGCUGAGACAGCGUUUGGGCACCUUGCUCCUGCAAGGGGAAUGCACACACAGGGCUCAGGCUCUGCCCCAGCUGCUGGAGGGUGGGAACCUCAGAGUUCAGCAGCAAUUUGGCUUUCCUGAGCAGCUUCUGCACCUCUAUGGCUGUUACCAGGAGCUGCUUCCCUGCUGUGUGCCUUGAACCUUCCAUCCUCAGUCACCUUCAGUUUUGGCUUCUUACCAGGUAUGACCACACUCAGUGCACACAGAAUCCCUCAGACCCUGGAGCUGUAGGCUCUGUCUAUUCCCUGACUACAUAAAAGCCUUAAGAGUAGGAUGGUUUAUUCCCUCUAGUCCCCCUGUAAACACAAGAUUUAUAUUUUUUUCCUACCUGUACUGUACUGUACUCCCAAGGUGAGACACAGCAUUGUGGGCAGGGUGAGCUGCUGCUGCCUGGGCUGGGCAUGGCUCCACAGCACCACAGUGGCACUGAGCUACAGAACAGAACAGAACAGGGUCCUGCUGCUCUUUAGUCUGUUUGACUUCCUUCCCACACACCUACCCUUCUUUGUAUACACGAUGAAGCAACUUAACAACUUUAAAAGAUUGCCUAUGUUUGUGUAACAAUCAAAUAAACACUAACUGUUCCAAAGGU